AUGGCAGAAUGUUUGAGCGCGGACUGGACGUCCCCGGUGUACGCCUUCUAUGGCAAGACGCCGGACAUCGUGUACGAUGGGAAGCGUCGCGUGCAUGUCUUCCACUGCGCUGCAAAGGGUUGUAAGUAUACCUGCCGCCGGUACCUCGAUACAGGUGACUCGUCUUCCACUGGCAACCUCCGGAGGCACGUCAAGAAGUGCUGGGGUGAGGAGGCCUUGAGCGAGGCUGAUAAGGCAGCCAACGUCGACGAGGUUCGCGAGAAGAUUGUGGGCGGGCUGAGAAGAAACGGUGUUAUUACGUACUCGUUCGAACGCAAGAAAGGGCAGGUCACUUACUCCCACCGUACGCAUACCCGCGCGGAGACCAGGGUGGAGAUCGUAAAGUGGGUAUCGCAGAGCAUGCGCCCUCACGUAAUCGUCAAGGACCCAGGCUUCCUCAACCUGAUGAAGACGGGACGGCCUGGGUACUGGGUACCCUCCCCAUCGACCGUCGCGCGCAACAUGAAAGUUAUCUACGGUAAAGUUCGCGAGAAGAUAGCGCGACUCCUCCAGGACUACGAUGGUGACCUGAGCUUUGCGACGGAUGCUUGGACAUUGUCCAAUCAC